CGGCGCCAAGUCACCCCCCCCCCCAUCCUCGCUUUCUCCCUUGAACCCUGACAUUUGACCUCCUGGCCAGGAAAGGGGAGGAGGGGAACUGAGCUCCCCAUGGAAACGGCCCUUGCUGCUUGACGGGGAAGAAUGAAGCUGUACUGUUUGUCUGGUCAUCCAACAUUGCCAUGCAAUGUCCUGAAGUUCAAGUCCACCACUAUCAUGCUGGACUGUGGGUUAGACAUGACCUCGGCUCUCCAAUUCUUGCCUUUGCCACUUGUCCACAGCCCAAGACUUUCUAAGCUACCAGGCUGGAUUUCAAAAGAUGGAAAUACCAUGCUAGAAAAGGAGCUGAAAGAUUGCGCUGGGCGAGCAUUCGUUGACUCCGUGCCAGAAUUCUGCCUACCUGAGACAGAGUUGCUCGACCUCUCCACUGUCGAUGUCAUCCUAAUAUCAAAUUACCACUGUAUGAUGGCAUUGCCGUACAUCACAGAGCACACUGGCUUCACUGGGACAGUAUAUUCCACCGAGCCCACAAUGCAGAUUGGAAGGCUUCUCAUGGAAGAGCUGGUGAACUUUAUGGAGCGUGUGCCCAAGCCACAGUCUGCCACCUACUGGAAGAAUCGAGAAAUGCUCAGGCACUUACCCGCACCUCUGAAGGAUGCUGUGGAGGUUUUGACAUGGAAACGGUGUUACACAAUGCCGGAAGUCAACUUGGCCCUAAGUAAGGUUCAGCUUGUAGGAUACUCUCAGAAAAUAGAGCUCUUUGGUGCAGUACAGAUCACUCCACUCAGCUCAGGCUACUGUCUGGGCAGUUCUAAUUGGAUCAUUCAGUCGCACUACGAGAAAGUGGCCUAUGUGUCUGGGUCCUCACUACUUACCACUCAUCCACAGCCCAUGGAGCAAACCUCUCUGAAAAAUAGCGACGUCCUCAUCCUGACUGGGCUGACGCAGAUCCCUACCGCUAAUCCUGAUGGCAUGCUGGGAGAAUUCUGCAGUAACCUAGCUGUGACUGUCCGAAGUGGUGGAAAUGUCCUUGUUCCGUGCUAUCCCUCCGGAGUAAUUUAUGACUUGCUGGAAUGUCUAUAUCAGUACAUCGACUCAGCAGGGCUCUCCACUAUCCCAUUCUACUUCAUCUCUCCUGUAGCCAACAGCUCACUGGAAUUUUCCCAGAUCUUUGCAGAGUGGCUUUGUCACAAUAAACAGUCAAAGGUCUACCUUCCAGAGCCACCAUUCCCACACGCAGAGCUAAUUUUGACCAAUAAAUUGAAGCACUAUCCCAGUAUCCAUGGGGAAUUCAGCAAUGACUUCAAGCAGCCGUGCGUAGUAUUCACAGGCCACCCAUCCCUGCGAUAUGGCGACGUUGUCCACUUUCUGGAGCUGUGGGGUAAAUCCAGCCUCAACACCAUCAUUUUCACAGAACCAGAUUUCUCCUACCUAGAUGCUUUGGCACCAUACCAGCCACUGGCUAUGAAAUGCGUUUACUGUCCAAUUGACACUCGAUUAAACUUCAUUCAAGUUUCAAAGUUAUUGAAGGAGGUUCAGCCACUGCAUGUUGUGUGUCCAGAGCAAUAUACCCAACCUCCACCUGCCCAGUCUCACCGCACAGAUCUGAUGAUUGACUGCCAGCCCCCACCAAUGGCCUAUCGGAGGGCUGAAGUACUGACCCUGCCCUUCAAACGGCGUUAUGAGAAGAUUGAGCUCAUGCCUGAUCUCGCGGAAUCCCUCGUGCCUUCUGAAAUCAAACCUGGCAUCUCUAUGGCAACUGUGUCUGCAGUACUACAGACCAAAGACAAUAAGCACGUACUGCAGUCACUCCCAAAGUCAAUGCAGCAGCAAACUGGCAAGAAGAGGAAGCGGGUAACUGACGAUUCUCCUGAGUUCAAACCUCCUAAGCCACUGCUGUGUGGUUCGAUCACCAUCGAACAAUUUGUACAGAGCCUGGAGAAGCAUGGCAUCACAGAUGUGAAGGUUGAGGACACGCCAGAGGGACACAUUGUCCACCUUCAGUCUGAAGACACGCUGGUUCAAAUCGAAGAAGAUUCCACACACAUUAUCUGCGACAACAAUGAGCCACUUCGCACCAAACUCCGAGACUUAGUCCUCAAGUUCCUGCAAAAGCUGUGAGAGGUUCUGACCUGUUGUGAAUGACUUUAGUUGGUUUCUGGAUUUGGGUCUCGCUGACCAGAGCACAAUAUUAGUGGUCAUUAGAGGGUACUGUGCACUGUUACUGGAACAGGAGUAGGUCAUUCGACCCAUCAGACGUGUUUCACCAUUCAUUUAGAUCAUGGGUGUUCUGUUUCUUAACUUUAUCUUGUUUACGUAACCUGUGAGACCCUCGCCCACAAAAAAUCUGUCGAUCUCAGUUUUGAAAUUUUCAAUUUACUCUCCAAUUUCAACAACUGUUUGAGAGCAUUCCAGAUUUUCACUUCUCUUAGUGAAAAGAUGCUUUCUGACAUCACCCCUGAACGACCUAGCUCUAAUUUUAAUGUAAUGCAACCUUUGUUCUGGACUCCCCCACCACAGAGAGUUUCUCUGUGUGUGUGUGUGUGUGUGU